CGCUCAUGUGCAACCGAGUUCGUAAUAAGUGCAUGGCCAGUCCGACGUCUUCGCCAUUGCCUCCUAUGCUAUUUUCAUAUCGACUGUCUUUCAUCGUGUCUUGUCUUCAAUAGCACAUUGCAUUGCAUACCAUCGGCGCUUACUGAAUCAUUCCUCCUCUUGCUGGGUGUACGACGGCAGGUCCUGGCGACCCCUACGCACAGCGCUCACCCAAGCAACCAGCGGAAUCAGAAGCCUCUGCCCCUACCCAAGGAUGAGGUUGCACCUGUCUACCGGCGUGUCAGUGUUGUUGCUUUUCUUGGUCGCUGCCGAUGCUUUAACGAGUGGCUCGUCCACUGUCGUGAAGCGCGGCUGGCGCAGAUACCUCCCUUUUGCGGCUAGACGCCCCAGAGCACCCACUCCUCUCUCUUCCUGGGACACUACUUCUUCGUCCCAUCAGUCGUCCCCUGAACCUCCCGUGAGGGUAGCGAGUCCUGUGCUGAGUCCCUCAGAGUCGCCGUCUCCGCCGCGCGGAAGGUCGCCAACAUCGCCCCUGGUGCUCAGUCCGCCCCGCCGAGCACCCAGUCCUUCAGGCCGAGUCGAUCCGCCUAUCGGAUUUGACCAAAUCUCCAUACCUCACAGCUUCCGAAGUCGGUCUUCGUCUAGCACUUCGACGUCUACACCGCCACGCUCGACGUGGCACCAUGGCGAAUCCUCAACCACGCCGAAUACUAAGCGCAAGGGCUUGUGGGCCAGCCUCAAGGACCGACUUGGAGGCAAAAGACGGAAGCGUGAGUGAGCGGAGAAGACCAGGAAAGGAAGAGCAGGAAGCAGCAAGAGGAACCGCGACCUCUUCGGCGACGGCAAUAGAACGCGACUCAUUGAUACUG